CAGGCUCCGUGCGCAUGCGCGGCAUGUCCACACCCGCCAGCAUGGCGCCCGUGGAGCACGUUGUGGCUGACGCCGGAGCUUUCUUGAGGGACGCGCCGCUGCAGGACAUCGGAAGGAACAUCUACACCAUUCGGGAGGUGGUCAGAGAGAUUCGGGACAAGGCCACGCGCAGGCGGCUGGCAGUGCUGCCCUACGAGCUGCGGUUCAAGGAGCCCUUGCCGGAGUACGUGCGGCUGGUGACUGAAUUUUCGAAGAAAACUGGAGACUAUCCCAGCCUCUCUGCCACAGAUAUCCAAGUACUGGCUCUGACUUAUCAAUUAGAAGCAGAAUUUGUUGGAGUGUCUCAUUUAAAACAAGAACCAGAAAAGGUUAAAGUAAGCUCUUCAAUUCAGCACCCAGAAACCCCUCUGCACAUUUCUGGUUUCCAUCUGCCCUCCAAGCCUAAACCCUCACAUGAAACAGUGGGUCGUGACCACCCGUCUGAUGGGCCUGAGGACCUGGAAUUCAGCUCCUUCAUGUUCUGGAGGAACCCUCUGCCUAAUAUUGAUCAGGAGCUGCAGGAGCUGCUGAUUGACAGAAGGGAAGAGGAGGAAGAGGAGGAAGAAGAAGAUGAAUUUGAAGACAGUGAUGACGAUGGGGGUGGGUGGAUAACCCCCAGCAAUAUCAAGCAGAUCCAGCAGGAGUUGGAGCAGUGUGAUAUCCCGAAGGAUGUACGGGUUGGCUGUGUGACCACAGACUUCGCCAUGCAGAAUGUUCUGCUUCAGAUGGGGCUGCACGUGUUGGCAGUGAAUGGCAUGCUGAUCCGAGAGGCCCGGAGCUACAUCUUACGCUGUCAUGGCUGCUUCAAGACGACGUCAGACAUGAACCGAGUGUUCUGUGGGCAUUGUGGGAACAAGACCCUGAAGAAGGUAUCUGUGACUGUCCAUGAUGAUGGUACCUUGCACAUGCAUUUCUCCCGGAACCCCAAGGUGCUGAACCCUCGAGGCCUCCGGUACUCGCUACCCACUCCCAAAGGGGGCAAAUAUGCCAUCAACCCCCAUCUGACCGAGGAUCAGCGCUUCCCCCAGCUGCGACUCUCCCACAAGGCCAGGCAGAAGACCAACGUGUUUGCCCCUGACUACAUAGCUGGGGUAUCUCCCUUUGCAGAGAAUGACAUCUCCAGCCGCUCAGCCACUCUGCAGGUCCGGGACAGCACCUUGGGAGCUGGGCGGAGACGCUUAAAUCCCAAUGCUUCCAGAAAGAAGUUUGUAAAGAAAAGGUGACAUUGCAAGCCCUGCGGGCAAAGCAGAUUGCAGCUGGCUGCUGAGGAAACCUGGAAUGUCUUUUCUGCACACCAGUUGCACAGAAGCAGUACUCCGGGGCUCUCUGGACUGCCUGAGACUCUGCUGCAUGGGGUUGCAGUACAACAUGGUUGCCCUGCAUAUGAGCAUCCAGAGCCAAGACCUGGCUGUGAGAAGGGAACAAACUUGAAGCAGAAAGAAGGGUACCUUGGAGCAAACAUUGAGCCUCAAGUUCAAAGAAGAGAUACCUAAAUGGCAAUCUUUUCCUAAUAAACUUUGAUGGCCGGCUCAGAUGUGUUUAAAUUCUUGUAUCUGUGGUGGACAUGGAUGCUAACAUGACAUAUAUCUGAAAACCAA